AUGAUACCGCCUCGCUUGGCCUCAUACCUUCAGCAACUCAUCACCCAAAAGUUACUGGAAUCAUCGACCUUUCAUGAAUUAGUUCAUAAGACUGAUACGUUCGCUCGAUCCAUUAGACAAGCUGCAAUUGAUGUUGUUCGAGAUAAUGAGCGUAGUCCGGAAGCCAAUGAAUUUAAACCUGAACAACCUUCGCCUGCAAAAUCAUCACGACCUUCUCCACAAUCGUCAACGACUUGGAAAUCAACUACGUCAAGAUCUUCACAGACAAGUAAAACUGACACUUCUGCCCGAAAGGAAUCUAAUAGGAACCCUGAAAUUGAUGCCCGUCUAGAAACUGACCGAAAGUUUAAAGAGAUGCUACAAAAACUGAGAGAUCAAAAGUCAUCCGAUCCAUGA